ACCAGUCAUAUUGACAAGUAUAACAAUUAACGCGACAGGCCACCUUCUCGUUUCGCUUACGAGUGCAGCCCUCUCCUCGUUGUAAGCCGCUACUGCAGUAUUAACCGUAAUAUCUCGCUCUAGAUCGCAAGAGAAUGCUGCGACAAGGAGGUGCAAUCAUCAUCAACGGGGUCGCUCUGCAGAGCUGCCUUCGCGCUGGCGCUGGGACAGCAGCAUCAGGAUGCCCCUCACCACUGAGCGGCAGCGCUGCUACUCUCACCUUGCCUCAUCUCGCGUGCUGCGCCACUGCUCGCACCGGCACCUGCCAGUGCGCUAGCUCUAGCCGCCAAGCUCAUGCGCCUGGGUGCAGCUGCUCCGCAUGUUCCGCGGCGCCCUGCAGCGCUAGGGGUGGCGCCGUGCCGGCCGCGUGGCGAACCGCGACGCCCCAUCCCUCGGAGCCGGCGUCGCGCGCAGCCCCUUCCCACACCCUUGCGGGCGGGUGGCCAGGGGCCGCGCCUCCCUCUGCAUCCAUCUCCACCUCCUUCCCCUUCGCUCUCCGCGCGCUCCACACUUCCGCCGCCGCGUCCACGGCGGCGACGCCCGCGCGGGCCGCCGCGCAAGCGGCCACCGCUGUCGCUGCCGCGGAUGCAGACGCUGACGCUGAGCGCGGGCGGCGCAGCCGGCGGCCGCAGGCCGCUGAAGACUCCGCGCCUGGUGGUCGCACGGGGCACGGUUCCGGUGGCCUGCCUGCUGAUGGGGAGGAAGCGGAGCUGCAGGCGGUGCUGUCCAAGCUGGUGGGUGGGCUGACCCGGAGCGGCCGCAAGGCCAGGGCGCGGCGCAUCGUGGAGGGCGCGCUGGACGCCAUGCGGCGACACCUGAAGAGGGGCGGCGUGGAGGAGCUCAAGUGAUUGCGCUUGCAGUGGUGACGGUUGUGGUGGGGAUGGGGAUGGUUGCGCGGAUGGCGACUUGAAUGGGUGUAUGCGCAGCUCCUGUUGCAACUUGCGUGUUUGCAUGCGCUUGACCAUAAGUAGUUAGUUGUUGUCGCCUGACCCCGCGUGGUAGCAGAAUCAAAGUAUUCAGCCAGCCAAUGUUGCUGACGUCAAGGAGCCGAAGUGUAGGGUUUGGCGCGUGUCAGGUUGAGUUUCGGCUUGCGGACUUGGGACACGCUUUCGCGGGCAUAUAAGGGCAGGCGGAAUAGCCCAUAAAGGAGUGUGCAUGGACACGUGUGUGCCUGCAAGUGUUGACGCGGAUGAUGAUGAUAUGAUGUGGGUGACUAGGCGGCUAGCCCUGUGGCAAGUGGCAGGGACGCAGCAGGAAGGUUAGCAGGCGGUCAGGACCUGAGCCAGGGACGGUCUAGAAGGCUCUUCCCUGUGGUGCGUGUCGGUACUCCUGCAGCUAUGACUGAGAGCCGCUGUAGACCAGCAGCAGGCACUGUAAUACUGUCUGGCU